AUGAAGAAAAUAUUGUACAUACUGGUGUAUGCCAGUAAUGCGCAAUUCAAUGGUCCGAAUCAAUUUAAAUGCGGGCCAAAGGAAUACUGCAAUGAAGUCGACAACCGCCGAAUGGAGUUAAACUGCAAGGAUGAUUCGACCAGCUGCACGACUUGUCCAAAGAAUAUGGAAAAUGAUGGAUAUCGGUGCAAACCGACAAGAUGGGAGUAUGGUAAUCACGAUGACACCCAACCCGCUUGUCCAGCUGGGACAUCUCGUGCUAAUAAUGAACAGCAAUGUUCUGUGAAGUCUGGCGAGGUUAUCGGUAUUGGUGCAGUUACUUGUCCUCCUGGAACUUAUGGAACGAUCACAACUGGCGGAUUUAGCGACUGCACACCAUGCGUAAGAGGAGAUGCCUUUAGUUGUCCUGGCGGUAGCAGUACGGAUCCUUGCAGCUCUUCUUCAAGUUUUUGCGAGCACGAUUACUGUACUAAAUGUACAAGUUGUCCAAGUAAUGCUGUUUGCGAUAAAAAUGGAGUCGUCGAAUUCUGCAACACAAAUCAGAUCGUAAGCGGCAAUGUCUGCGUGCAAAAAUGUGAUGCUGGCAAAGACUGUGUAACUGGAAAUGACUGCGCUGCUGGAAAAUAUCGAGAUCAAUACUCUUCAACUGAUGAAUGCAUGGAUUGUCCGGAAGGUUAUUCUUGUGCUGGCGGAGCUGCUUUGCCUGUUGAUUGCCCUGAAGGUGAACAUGCAGCCGCUGGACAGAGCUCUUGCACAAACUGGAGCGAUUCUCUUGCAUGUCCAGAUGGAAGUUAUCCAAAAGAUGGCACUGCGUUCUGUGAUCCUUGCCCACAAGGUUACUCUUGUAGCACGACGAGUUCUGACUCUACAGUUUGCCCUGAUGGUCAAUAUUCGGCUCUUGGUGAAAUGACUUGCUCUCCAUGUCCUACUGAGCAUGUUUGCCCUACUGGAGGCAUUCCAUAUCGAUGCAAAGCUAAUCAAGAACUGAAGACAUCAGGAAGUAUUCAAUAUUGCGCAACGAAAACAUCCUCAAUUAUUUAUGCUGCCUGUCCUGAUGGCUACGCAUGUGAUAACAACAAUAAUCCACUUACAGUUUGUCAGCCUGGGACUUAUUCAAAUAACAGAAACUGUGCUCAAUGUCCAAUUGGAAGUAUGUGCCCUUAUCCUGAAAUGGGAAGUCCUAUUACUUGUCAACAUGGAUAUUAUCAGGACAGCACAGGCUCCACUUGGUGUAAAGAAUGUCCAGCUGGCUAUCGUUGCACUUCGAAUAGUGCAGCGCAAUGCAACGGUGGGCAAUAUUCGAAUAUCGGAGAUAUGGAUUGUCAUGUUUGCCCAACUGGAUAUUUCUGCAAUGCCCAGGAUGCUUCGGCUCCAGUUCUAUGCCCUCCUGGAACAUUUACGGUGGGCACUGGCAAUACUGAAUGUACAGAAUGUCCAGCAGGAAGCCGUUGCGCUCAUGGCAAAAAAGAGGAUUGUCUUGCUUAUUAUUAUUCAAAAAAAGGCCAAACUAUCUGCUUGCCGUGCCCUGCCGGUCACCAAUGCAGUAAUAAUGUUCUUACUCGUUGUGCGCCUGGAACUUACUCAAAUAUGCUGGAAUCGGCAUGCAAGAAUUGUGAGGCUGGGUUUUAUUGUCCUUCAGAUGGAACUGAAAUGGAGAACGAAAUUAAAGUCAUUUGUCCUCUUGGCUACUAUUGUGACCCAGGAAGUCCUGCGCCUAAGGAAUGUCCAAAGGGAACAUAUGGACCCAACAUGGGGCUAACUGGUUUAGGCGACUGCAUGCCAUGCCCAAAUGGAUAUUUUUGCCCACCCGCCACCCCUGGUUAUCCAUCAGAAAAACAACUUUGCCCACUAGGGCACUAUUGCACGGGAACAUCGAUAAAUCAGUGUCCAGGAGGAACAUACAAUGACAUGAAAGGUGCUUAUGAUGCAUCUCACUGCAAGGAUUGUAAAGCAGGACGGUUUUGCCCUGCUGGAACUGGUUGGACAACACCUGGCAAUCCUUGCUCGAGAGGACAUUUUUGUCAUGAAGAAGGAAUGGCAAAUGCUCAAGUUUGCCCUCCAGGAACAUAUAAUUCUGGCAGAGGAGCGAAAUUCGCAAGUAAAUGCAUCCCUUGCCCUGCUGGUCAUUUUUGCUGCGACAGCAUGAACGCCCCUUGGGAAGUCUACGGGGACACUUGCACUGGAGGUGUCGCUGAACCUCAACCAUGUCGAAAGGGUACUUAUCAAGAACGACGGGGCCAAUUCACAUGCGAUCUUUGUCCCGCUGGCAAAAACUGUCCCGAUGAAAGAAUGACGAUGCCUCUUGACUGUGAGUUUGGCAAGUUCUGUAUGAUUGGCACCGGAGCAGAUACCGUUCAACCAGUGCGAUGUCCAUUUGGCUUCUUGAAUGAUCGAUUGAAUGCAACAAGCAUGGAUGAUUGUGAGCCCUGUCCACCAGGAUAUUAUUGCGAUCAUACUGAUGGAAACACUUGGAUGAGCGCAGGUCAACAUCCAACGCCUUGUCCACCAGGCCAAUAUUGUAUGGAGCGAACACCAAAGAACGGCACAUAUUUUUGUCCAAAAGGAACGUUCAAUAAUCAAGAAAUGCUCACGCAUUCUGUGAACUGUACAACCUGCCCUGCUGGAAAAUUCUGCGAGAUUGGUGCAAUAGAUGAUGGCAAAGGAAUAAAUAUAUGCCCGACUGGCCAUUUUUGUCCUCCAGGAACUGGUGGCGACGACGACGAUGACCCAGAUAUACCUGAAUGCCCUGCUGGAACAUAUAAUAAUCAGACGGGAAUGUCACGUGUAGAAGAUUGUGUUGUGUGCCCGGCGGGAUCAUUCUGUGGAUCUGGAGACUCAGAUUUCACUCAAUGUGAACCGGGAAGUUACAGUGACCAAACGGGUAUUCUUUCUCAAAGCGAAUGUGAUAGAUGCCCUGCUGGAUACAAAUGCUCUGGUGGAAGCUCUGUAGAAGUUUGCGGCAUUGGUUUCUACUCAGAUUAUGGUGCCAAAGAUUGUCUGAUAUGCGAGAAAGGACGAUAUUGCCAUCUAAAUACAACAACAUAUGAAGAUAUGUGGUUCUAUAAUGUUUGUCCAGAGGGAACUGAUUGCUCAGCAGGCGGAAAAGAUCAUAUUCCAGAUCUCAAGAGAGAUGCUUGUCCGCUUGGACAAUGGUGCGCAAAAGGUGACGUGAAAGCUUAUCAGUCCGAGCCUCAAAACUGUCCUGUUGGUACUUACGGCCAACGCGUGGGUCUUUCGAACAAAUAUGAGUGUGAUAAAUGCCCUGCUGGAUUCUAUUGUGAUACCGAAGCUAUCAAAUGCGAAAGCCUUCUGUACGGUGCUCCUGAUGGGGAUGACUGCGAUGGAGUAAAAGUUUGUCCAAAAGGACAUUAUUGUGAACUUGGAAGUGAGCUACCAGUUCCAUGCGGCCCUGGCUUUUAUAGAUCAAUAACUGACACGCAAGCUGCAGUAAACCAAACAAGUUGCAGUAUUUGCAAGAGUGGUUAUUAUUGUGACCAAUAUGGGACACACGACGAUUUUGGCAACGCUGUCCCUGAUGACUUCACGGACGCAACUCAGCUUAUCAAAAUUUGUCCCAAGGGAAGUUAUUGUCCACCCGGCUCUAUAUUCCCUGAGCUUUGCGACGCCGGAACAUAUGGACCCGCUGAAGGAUUCCGAUCUUCAUAUGAAUGUAUUCCAUGUGACGAAGGGACAUAUUGCCCUGAGCGUGGAAUGGAAAUCACUGGUCAAAACUGUACAGCUGGUUAUUACUGUUCUGGAGGCUCAAAAUCUAAGAAUCCAAUCGACGGCGUAACAGGAAAUAUAUGCCCUAAAGGAUAUUACUGCGAAGCUGGGACUCCUCAACCGCAAGAAUGCAAUGAGGGUUUUGCAACUCUUUUUGAAGGAGCCACCUCAAGUACCGACUGCAAAGAAUGUUAUCCUGGCUACUACUGUCCAAAAGGCAACAAACUUCCUUGUGAGCCGGGUAAAUUCUGCCCUGCAGGUUCAUCCGAAGGUGAAGAUUGUCCAGCGGGCCAUUACUGCAAGCAGCGAACACUGCUCGACUUCACAAUGAUUGGAGCCAUUCACCCAGCUCCAUGCUCUCCUGGAAGCUUUGCUGCUGCUUCAAAUCGAGAAACCUGUGAACAGUGUACUGCUGGAUUUUUCUGCCCGGUUCAAAAGAUGACAGAAGGUUACUCCUGCCCACCAGGUUAUUACUGUCCAACCGGAUCCAGGAAACCACUUGCAUGUGCAGCGGGGAAAUACAAUCCACUAUCCGAAUCAACAAGCGAAAGCGACUGUCAGUUCUGUCCGGUUAAUCAUUACUGUGAUUCUGCUGGUAUGUCGGAGGCUAAGCCUUGUCCAGCAGGGUAUGCAUGCGAGGUAACAGGAAUAGUCAAUCCACUUUUGGAGGAACAUUGCGAUGGCACUGAUUGCUAUAAUCCAAAGUCUUGCAAACCUGGCUAUUUCUGCGAAGAGGGCAAAUCUCCCGAGCGUUGUCCUCCUGGCACCUACAAUCCUAGAUAUCACGGUCUCUCCGAAAAGGAUUGUAUUGAAUGUACACCUGGAAAAGUUUGUUCUGUUCCUGGAUUAGAAGCACCAGAUGGUGACUGUCUUGCUGGCUACUACUGCAGUGGUGGAGCUGCAAGACCAUCAGGAGCAACUUAUCCUGUUCAACCUUGUGCUGUUGGUUACAAGUGCCCAACAGGGUCCCCAGAUCAGAUUCCAUGUGAAAGAGGAACCUAUUCCACUGCUGGAACACAAGAUAAAUGUUUGGCGUGUCCCGCUGGCUCAUUAUGUGUUGGUAACAUUCCGGAAAAUCCGACAGCAGGCCAAGAAGUUUGUCCUGUAGGACAGUUUUGCUCAGGCGGUGACUAUGAAGGUGAAAAGUGCCCGCGAGGAACUUAUUCUCCAAAUGAUGGAAGAAGCCUUCUAACCGAGUGUAUUGAUUGUGAUGCUGGUCAUUAUUGCCCUGAGCGAGGCAUGAACGCGACAGGGCCUGAGUGUGAGGCUGGCUUUAUUUGUAAAACAAAAGCUCUAUAUUCGCAUCCAAAUAAAGAAACCGAAACCGAUGAUUCAAAUACUCUCUGUCCAAUUGGAUUCUUCUGUGAACAGGGAACUGAAGAACCAGAACCAUGCCCGAUCGGAACUUUUGGGUCAAUUCCUGGGCUCAAAAGUAGGAACGAUUGUAGCCCUUGUCCUGGAGGAACCUUUUGCCCAAGUGUCGGAAUGACGUGGGAUGAUAUUUAUGACAGUACAAGCAAUGCGAUUAAUGGCACUGUUAAAUGUGAACCAGGUUAUUUCUGUAAGUCAGGCUGCACAAAGCCAGAUCCAUUGUCAUCAAGUGACUGUAGCAGCUCUGUUUCGAACUCAGGAGGCAAAUGUCCUCGUAAAUUCAUGUGCCCGAAAGGUUCGACGGAACCGGUUCCUUGUCCGAUCGGAGAAUACCAAGAUGCUGACCUUCAAGACUCCUGUAAGCCAUGUGAAGAUGGAAACUACUGUGAAAACGGAGUCAUGCGACCUUGUAGAAAAGGUUACUACUGCAAAUAUGACCCAAGCACAGUACCUUACUUACCAACGCCAUGUCCGAUUGGAACCUAUAAUAAUCUUCUUGGACAGAAAGAUGGCGGUGUUUGUGAUCCUUGUCCUGCUGGAUAUUACUGUCCAAAAUAUGGGCUUGGAUCCGGAACUGAAUUCAAAUGCGCAGCUGGAUUCAAAUGUACUGGCGGAACGAUUGAAGCAAGACCAAAGAAUAAAAAUGGGGAUCCUUGCCCGAUCGGAACCUAUUCAGCAGAGGGCGCAAGUGAAUACAGAGACUGCAAAAAAGGACAUUACUGCGAUAAAGUCGGACUCACAGACGCAGAGAUGGAUAGUAACGAAUGCGCAGCGGGUUAUUUCUGUGAUACUGGAUCAAUAUCAGCAACACCAAAAGACGCAUCGGGAGAAUUUAUUUUCUGUUCUGUCGGAAACUAUUGCCCAAAAGGAGCUGACUCGGAGUUGCCUUGUCCACCAGGAACUUUUAGUAACUCAACAGGCGGAUAUGAGUGUAGCGGCGGCGAUUCGAUAAGCUUAUGUCCGGAAGGCUUCUAUUGCCCCCCAUCAAAUACAACCACUGGUCGUCUACCCUGCCCGGCAGGCCAUAUGUGUCCGGAAGGAUCAAUAGUGGCAUUCCCAUGCCCGCACGGAACGUAUCAAGACCAGCAGAGACGAUCGUCUUGCGAGACUUGUCUAGCUGGUAAUUACUGCGAGGGAGCAACAGAAAAACCAGUAGAAUGUGGGCUUGGAAAUUAUUGUCCCGCUGGUACUGGCUUUCCAAUUCCUUGCCCUCCCGGCACUUACAACGACGCUGAUAGUUCUAAUUCUGGACGUUCUUAUGAACGAUUUUGCAAGGAAUGCCCUGCUGGUAAAGCAUGCACAACGGCGGGAAUCAAAGACCCAAUUACUAGUCUACCAAAUUGCGCACCAGGCAUUAAUUGCAUUGGCGGAGCAUCUGAUGUCCUACAGUCUGAUGGGAAAUAUGGUGAGAUCUGUCCAAUAGGCUCUUACUGUGACGACGGAACUGCAAAACCAUGUCCUGUCGGCUCUUAUGGAAGUCGAAGCGGACUCACCAGCAGUUCUGAAUGCUCAGAAUGUCCACAAGGGUUUGAUUGCUCAGAAGAAGGAGUUUGGAAUCUUGUAGAUCAUCGAUGCGAAGCUGGGUACACAUGUGAUGCUGGCGUAGAUGGUGUAUCUAAAGUGCCUGUAGCUUGUACUAGUUCAGGAAAGUACUGUCCUCUUGGAAGUUAUCAAGAACAAUUUUGCCCAGAAGGAAAAUGGAAUGAUAAAGCAACGCCGCAUGCCGAAUGUGAUCUUUGUCCAAGAAGUUUCUUCUGUGACGGAAACGGCAAUAAAGAGGAAUGUCUUCAAGGACACUACUGUCCUCAAGGUUCAUCAGAUAAAACCAUGCUCGGGUGUCCCCCUGGAACUUACUACGAUGAUACUGGAGCAUCUUCUUUUGCUAAUUGUAGAACUUGUCCACAAGGAAAAUAUUGUACCUAUAAAGCUGGACCGGAUUCUCCUAAUGAUCUGCCAGAUUGUAUGAAUGGUUACGACUGCGAUUUUGGACAAUCUAUACCAUCCCCUGCUGAUAAAAAAUGCCCGAAAGGAUAUGUUUGUCCUGCUGGAAUAAAAACUCCUUGUCCGGUCGGCACUUUCUUGAAUAUCGAAGGAGGAAGGACACUCGAUGACUGUCUACCGUGUCCUCCAGGUUGGUUUUGCGAGACUGAAGCUCUUGAAGAAAAUCCAAAAGACACUGGAAAUGAAGAUUUCAAAUGCAAAGCAGGAUUUUUUUGCUUCUCUGGAGCAACAUCGCCAGAACCAGAUGAUGAUACGAACGUUCCAGCGCUAUUUGGCGAGUGUCCACCUGGCUUCAAAUGUCCAGAAGACGGUACUGCAGAGCCCGAAGGUUGUCCUGAUGGAUACUACCAAUCGAAUGCUGCCCAAAGCGAGUGUCAAGACCAGUGUCCUGCCGGUUACCUCUGCAGAGGUGUCUUGACUGAUUACACUGACGCCGAUGAUUCUUGCCCACUUGGUCAAUUCUGCGAAGUAGAUGGUAGCACACCUUACGAUGUUAAUCCGUGCCCUCCAGGAACAUAUAGAAUCGCUGAAGGACCCGCAGAUAGCGAAGAUGAGUGCGAAGUUUGCCCACCAGGGAAAUUCUGUCCAUUUUUCGGCCUUGAUAAAGAUGUUGCAAAUGACCCGGCUUACGAUUGCGAUGAAGGGUAUUACUGCUCAAAUGAAAACGACGGAAGUUGGACACCAAGACCGUAUUGCAGUGGGGAUCUUCUAAGUACGGAAUACUGCAACAACAAGGACAUUGGUGGUAUUUGCCCAGUUGGAAGUGUGUGCCCCGCAACAAUAGUUGAGCCAGAACCAUGCCCAGAAAAUAAGUUUUGUCCUCAUGAAGGCCUCGGCGACUCGGACAUGUCAAGUAACGAUUUCAACUGUGCAGCCGGAUACUACUGCUCAGGAGGAGCGACAACGAAUUCACCUAACGAUCGAUUCAACGAGGAACAAGGCGAGUUUGGUGAAAUUUGUCCCAACGGUAAAUAUUGCGAAGAAGGUCAAUCUCCUGUCAGCUGUCCUGAGCACUUUUAUAAUCCACAAACUGGAUUGGGAAGUCAACCUGAAUGUCGAGAGUGUCCACCAGGAAAGACUUGUUCCGGUGGCUUUGCAAAUGGCGAUUGUGAUGGAGGCUCACAUUGCUACGGAGUUACAGGUGUAUCUCAAAAUAAAGAUCCUUGCGAUGCGGGUUCGAUGUGUGAAGCAGGAACCGUUGAACCAAAGCUUUGCAAUCAAGGUUUCCACCAAGGAUCAACUGGCCAAGAUACUUGUGAUUUGUGCCCAUCUUCGUACUUCUGCGACGGAGUUACUGAUGUUGGUGCUCCCAAUUUGAUUAUGGGAAUCGGAAUAGUCGGCUCAGGACAUGAAUGUGUACCAGGUUACUACUGCCCAGAAGAAACAUUCUUGAAGAACGAAAAUCCUUGUGAGCCCGGUGAAUAUAGUGCUAUCAGCGCCAAUUUUUCAUGCCAGCCAUGUGAUGCUCAAGUUUACUGUCCUGGUUAUGCUGUUUCAGACGACAUGAUCUCUGAUUUGUCGUCAACAGAUUUCAAAUGCGGAGACGGCUACAACUGCACGAGCGGUGCUUAUUCUCCUUACGGCGAGACAAAAGACGAACCCUUCCCAUCAGAAUGCGAGCCUGGACAGUAUUGUCCUGGAAUAACCGAUGCUGUUGAUGAUUGCCCACCAGGAACCUUUAGAAAUGUAUCUCGUGGUGCCGGCGAAGAAAGUUGUCAAUCUUGUCCUGGUGGAUUCAAAUGUCCAUUUGCUGGAAUGACUGAACCAGAGAUAUGUGAUGCUGGGCAGUUCUGCCCUAAUCUUGGUUAUUGUGACGGAAAAACCGGAACUGACGAAAUAUGCGAUCCAAGAUACAGCGCAGCGGCCUCAAAAGAUCCAGUCAAAGAGGGAUACAUGUGUCCGCCAUACCAUUUCUGCCCAAGCGGUAGUAUGGAGCCUAAUCCUUGCACAGAUGGUACUUAUACUCCAGAUUUUGAUUCUUCUGAUCCAGAAUCAUUUGGCAAUCUCCAAUGUAAGGAUUGUGAACCUUCCGGAGUUUGUCAAAACGGUCAGUACUCUCCAGAAUGUCUUCCAGGUUACUAUUGCCAAGAUGGUACGGCUAUACCAUGCCCCGCUGGUACAUUCAACAAUAUUAAAACCGGUAAUUCAAUCGAUGAUUGCGAACCAUGUCCAGAUGAUCAUUUCUGUGGAGACUCUGGAACAACAACUCCACAACCAUGCAAAGCUGGUUACGUUUGCAAGAAAGGAACAACAUUUGGCUCUCGCGUUCCAGAUCCAGAGGCUGAAAAAGGCACUCCCGAAGCAGAUGAAAUCUUUGGCUAUCGGUGUCCUGAAGAGCACUACUGUGGCGACGGAACAAAUAGUGCCCCAGAACAAAUUUGCCCGGACGGCCGUUAUAGAGACACUGAUCUUGGUGCAUCCAUCGAGGAUUGUCAUCCUUGCCCAAGUAGCUCCUACUGCACAAAUGGUAAAGUACAAGGCACUUGCGAAGAUGGAUUUUUCUGUAACACAGAAUCUCCCAGCAACACACCGACACUCAAUGGAACCUUCUUUGGUCCUUGUCUUGCAGGUCACUUUUGUGUUGACGGACUUAUGUCAACUUGUCCGGCUGGUAAGUUCCAAAAUGAAGAAGGAAAGUCCUCUUGCAAAGACUGCCGCGAAGGAUUUUAUUGCCCUCAAGGUAGUGAUGUAGAAAUAUCUUGUCCUCCCGGUGCUUACUGUGUAUCGAAUUCUGCGAGGCCAACUUAUUGCAACGUUGGUUACUAUCAUGUUGGUGGCGAAAAAACUACAAGCUCUGCCAGUUGUGUUGCUUGCAAAGCUGGUUUUGCUUGUCCAACAAUUGGUUUAAUAGAAAAUGAUGUCUCGAAUUUUGAAUGUGAAGCAGGUUUUUACUGCCCAAGACGAUCAACCUCAACAAGGCAGAAUAUCUGUACUCCAGGUCAUUAUUGCCCUGCUGGAAGCGAAUCCGAGAAAGCUUGUGAUGGAACCAUGGCCUGUACUGAUUAUCAACUCGACGCUCCAAAUGAAGAAUGUUUCCCGGGCUACUUCUGUCCUGAAGGAAGUGACUCACCGAAAAUGAAUCCUUGUCCAGCUGGAUAUCAUUGCAGUAGUGACAACGAUCUUCCUGUAGCUUGUCCCUUAGGAAAAUUCAACAGAUAUCCGCUUCAACCGUCUGAAGAUGCUUGUGAACCUUGCCUCCCUGGAUAUUACUGUCCGCGAGUUGGAAUGAACGCUCCGCCAGAUGAUGAAUAUCUUUGCCGCGAAGGCUAUUACUGCCCAGCUGGUUCAGAAACAUCGCAGGGGCGAACAGAUUCAGAGCCUGAACAUGUGUGCCCAGUUGGAACUUACUGUCCAGAAGGUUCCGCGAGACCGAUUCCUUGUCCUGAUGGAUACUACCAAGAUAACACCAAACAAGAAAUAUGUGAAGCUUGUCCCGCUGGGUCUUACUGUAUAGGCGAUUUGAACAACGAUCCGUAUGUUGGAACCAUAAAUCCUAUCGACUGUCCCGAAGGUCAUUACUGUGAAUCAUUUGAGGAUUCUCUCCGCACGAGACCAGUUCCAUGCCCUGCUGGAACAUUCAGGGAUGAAGUCGGAGGAGAGACGGAUGGAGACUGUGAAAUAUGUGAGCAAGGAUGGAUCUGCACCGGUGUUGGCCUAAUAGAUACCGAAGAAACUCCUUGUUAUGCGGGCUAUUAUUGUCCGGAGCGGCAAAAUAACGCAGCUGGAAGACUUGAAGCACAAAAUGGCAAAGCACAUCCUUGCGAAGAGCACGAAUACUGUCCAACUGGUUCUUUUGAAGGAAUCCCUUGCCCUGACGGAACCUAUCGAAACAACACUGGUGAUUGGUUCGGAUACGAUGAAGCCUCUUGUCAACCAUGUGACCCGGGAAAAUAUUGUAUCGAAGACGAUCGACUCAUCGAAUGCGAAGCUGGAUAUAUUUGCUCUUGGGGCGCUACCAAACCUGACCCAGAGGAUGGAGACACAGGAUAUAUUUGCCCGAAGGGUCAUUAUUGUCCAGCUGGAGCACUGAGACCAGAGCCUUGUGACGCCGGUUUCUAUAUGGAAGAUGAAGGUGCUGGAUCUUCUGACGAUUGUUUCGAGUGCGAGCCUGGUUUCUAUUGCCCAAGAGCUUCCACAAACGGAACCCAGCAUGUGUGCUUAGAGGGAUACUAUUGUCCCCAAGGAAGUGAUGUUGGAAACUACCAAGCUUGUCCUGUUGGACAUGAAUGCCCAGCUGGUUCAUCCGAACCUGAACCGUGUGGUCCCGGAGAAUAUGCUCCGAUCAUAAAAAUGACUGCUUGCCUUGAAUGUCCUGAGGGUUUCUACUGUCCAGAUGAUGUCAAUGUUGAGCCAAAAAUAUGCCCUGCUGGAUCGUUCUGUGUUGCAGGCAGUGAUGAAAUUCAGCUUUGCGCUGCUGGUACAUUUAAUUCUUAUGAAGGCGCAAGAAAUCAAACGGAUUGUACCACAUGUCCAGGCGGUUAUUAUUGCCUGGACGGUACUGCAGCAAUUGAUGAGUCUAUUCGCUGCCUUCCUGGCUAUUUCUGUCCUCCUGGAACGAAAGCCCAAACAGAAAAUAUGUGUCAACCAGACUACUAUUGCCCAACCGGAGCUUCGGCAAUGCAGCCAUGUGAUGCUGGGUUCUACUCGAUUUCUCCGCUUGCUUCUGAAUGCAAACCUUGCGAGCCUGGCUACUACUGUCCUCGAACAAAAACAGAUAUCAAUGGAACAGUCAAUAUGCUCACAGAACGUAAACCUUGCGAAGAAGGCCAUUACUGUGAAGGGGGACAAGAGUUUCCGCAACCAUGUCCUCUUGGAACAACCAACCGGAAUACUCUCUCUAGUGACAUAAGCGCUUGUGAUCCUUGUCCAGAGGGCUUCUGGUGUAGCGGUACGAACCAGACUGCUUGUGACGAUGGCUUCCAUUGUAUCAGUGGUUCUUAUUCGCCAUCGCCUGGAUGUUCGGAUAAAGCAGCUGGUCGAGGAGAAGUCUGUCCUCUCGGGCAUUACUGCGUUGACGGAUUUAAGUUUCCGUGCAGUGCUGGAACGACAUGCUCGCAAUACGGUCUUACAGAUGAGUCACAAGCAGAAGAUUGUCCAGCAGGAUACUAUUGCCCGCUGGGAACUAUCAGCUUCUCUGCUGAUCAUCUCCUUGACCAACUUGACGGGAACGAACCCGUCAAAUGCGGCCUCCAACCAGAAUCGGCAAAUCCAAAUACAUUCAAUCAGAUCAUCUUCCAAUUCUCGAUUUUUCUUGACAAUCAAAUCGAAAAGGGCGUCUAUUGCCCUCAAAGAAGUGCGUCGCCAACCAACUGCCCGAAAGGCCAGUGGUCUCAGUCAGUUGCCUCUAAGGGCGAAAUCUAUAACAAUAGCACCACUGGGCCUGAGGAGUGCAAUUUAUGUCCUGAAGGUAGAGCCUGCACUCGAGAAGGAACAUUUGAUCCGAUCGAAGAUUCUAUCAGCUGUUCAAAUGGAUACUAUUGUGGAAAGGGUUCAGAUAAAUCUAAACCCGAUGGUGCUACCUGCAGCGAGCAAAAUAUGUGUCCAAGUGGCUCGAAAGUUGAGAUGCCUUGUCCACCAGGAACUUAUCAGAACUCUCAAAAACAAAGCAAAUGUAAUUUCUGCAGAAAGGGACAUUAUUGCACCGGAAAUGCUGAAUUGCUUUGGCGCGGAGUUGAUGACAUCUGGGGCAAGGAUCCAGAAACGAAUUAUAUAUGCGAAUAUUGCGACUGUGUCGAAGGCCAUUACUGUCCAGGAAACUCAACUGCACCUCAGCCGUGUCCAGUCGGCACUUAUGGCAGAGACGGAUCAAAAACAUACAGCAAAGUUGAAGAUUGUAAUGCUUGUGACGGCGGACACUAUUGUGAUACCGAGGGAUUACUGCAGAGUGAAAUGGAUAAUCUUAUUUGCGAAGCCGGCUACGUUUGCGCCUCUGGUUCAUUUAGUCCAACACCAACUGGAAUCGUCGAGCAAGAUAAAGACAGUGGAAAAUGGAGUGGAAACGGCAAGUGCCCACUUGGAUAUUUCUGCGAAGAAGGAUCCAAAGAACCAUCGCCCUGUCCUAAAGGAAUGAUAGGUAUUGAAACAGGAGCAACAAAAGAACUUCCUGACUCAAGUCUGGUCACAGAAUUCAACAAAACAUGCAUUUUCUGUCCACCUGGUCUUUACUGCCCGAAUGAAGCAAUGAAAACUGCUGAAAUUAUUGGCACAAAAGAAUGCAAUGAAACUGAAAGCAAUGACAACUGCCCGAUUGAAUGUCCCGAAGGUUCAUUCUGCGAAGAAGGAUCCGAGUCCGGAACGAUUCCAUGUGGCCUCGGAAAAUAUUGUCCGAAAGGUACUCCCGCUGAGAUCGCAUGUCCGAUGGGAACUUACAAUGAUAUUGGAGGUCUUUCUGAGUGCUUGCCCUGUGAACCUGGCUAUUACUGCGAUAAUUUCUUUGGUACUGUUAAUCCAAAAAUCUGUCCAGUCGGAACUUAUUGCCCUAAUAACAACACCAUUGUGCCAAUAAGUUGUCCGCCAGGAACGUACAAUCCAGUCUCCGAAAUCGGCAGCGAGCCUGUUUCGAAAGACUCCUGUCUUCCGUGCCCAGAAGGAAAAUUCUGCCCCGAUCCUGGAAUGGGAGGCUUUGGCAGCAACGGUACAUAUGACUGCGAUCCUGGCUUUUACUGUGAAGAAGGCGCAAGAGAACGAGAUCCAGAUACAGAUAUGAAUAAACCUUGCCCCACUGGAAAAUAUUGCCCGAACGCUGAUGGUAUUUACAGACCACUCGAUUGUCCCAUCGGAACCUACAAUCCGUCGACUCACGCUAGGGAUCGUAAAACUGGCUGUCUGCCUUGCAAGGGUGGGUAUGUUUGUGACGAGUCAGGCCUUGUUACACCGGAGAUUCUUUGUCCCGCUGGUUUAUAUUGCCCAAGUGAUGAAGAGACUGUAUACGGUACACCGUGUCCUAAACAUCACAUGUGUCCUGAAGGUUCUGCUGACCCGAUUCCGUGUCCACUCGGCUUCUAUCAAGGCUCAACAGGCGCCGAUAGCUGUAUUCCAUGCUCUGCAGGCUCAUACUGCCAGCCCACAAAACCUGAUUCUCUGAAUCCUAACGAGCCGAUUGACAUCAAAGAAGAGAUUUGCCCAGCUCAGUACUACUGUCCCCCAGAAACCGCGUAUCCUAUCAAGUGCCCUUCGGGAACCUACACACUCAGCGAUGAGACCGGUAGAACUCAACUCAGUGACUGCAGACCAUGUCCAUAUGGCAAGUACUGUCGAGAUGGUCAGAUUCAAGGACCUUGCAUGUUCGGAUACCUUUGUUACAGUGGAGCAAACGCGCCAAAUCCAAAAUAUGGCGACGACAUUGAGAUUGAAUUGUUUUACAACUCUUCAACGGGUCUUAUCGAAUACGAACCUCUAAAAGCAAAUGAUCCAAUGAACUGUACAUCUGGCGAUGUGUGUGCGGGUCCUUGUCCUCCUGGGUAUUACUGUUAUCCGAACGGAGACACUUCAACCAUCGAGCCUUGUGCUAACAACACCUACAGAGAACAACCGGGUGGUAUGUCUCCAUAUCAAUGCUCAACAUGUCCAGCAGGUCUUUUCUGCGAGAUCGGCGCAACCGAGGCGGUUCCUUGUCCUCCGGGUCACUAUUGCCCAGCUUGGUAUAAUACACCUGAAGAAGCUAAAAUACACGGGGAACAAAUACGAACUUUUAGAGGAGAGAACGUUCUCCUUCAUCCCGCUCCAGGACCACAGCGUUGUCCCAUCUACACAUUUAGAAAUGAAUCUGGCGGAAAAAGUAUUGAUGAUUGUCGAUUCUGCGACCCUGGCUAUUUCUGUGACCAAGAAGGUAUUGUCAAUCAAGAAGACUUCCCGUGCAAACCUGGAUAUUAUUGCUCUGGUCAAGGUCUACCUCCACGAAAAUGCCCAGCUGGAAGGAUGUCACCAGAAAAUCAUCUAGCCGAAAGCUCCUAUGAUUGCUUGCCCUGCUCUCCUGGACGUUAUUGUCCUGAACCAAUCGGCAAACUCAUCAAUAUUGAUGGAAUUCUGUGUCCUCUCGGAUAUGAAUGUCCAGGCGGAACUAGAAUUGCCAUGAAAUGUCGAGCGGGAUACGUCUGUAAUCAAGAAGGCAUGGCUUCCGGUGAAAUUUGUCCAGAAGGCUAUUAUUGCCCAGAAGGAACGAAAUCAAUAAUUGAAGAUCUAAAGUGCGAGUUCCCCUUCUUCUGUCCAAAGGGAUCUUCAACUCCUCAACCGUGUGACCUCGGUUUUGAGGCAAAAGAGUCUUCAAACUCAUCUGAUGGCCUUCGAACAUCGAAAGCGGACUCUUGCAGAAUUUGCGUUGCCGGAACGUACAGAAAUACCUACGAUUCUGAGAGCUGCUCUCAGUGUGAACCAGGAUACUUCUGUCCGGAGGGAACCGGCGAUUACACUGAAAAUCAAUGUGAUCCAGGACACGAGUGCCCACGUGGAAAUCCUACUGGAAUGAUGAUACCUUGCAAACCUGGAACUUACGCUUUCGGUCGUGGAAAUGAAAUCUGCUCAAAAUGCAAGCCAAACACUUAUGCGAGCAAGGAGAAGGCCAUUUCUUGCAAGAACUGCGGAACUGCCUCGUAUUCUCCAGAAGGAGCCGGCACAUGCACUUGCCAUUCAGAUACACGAGUAUUCCAGGAAACGGAUUCAACCUGUAUUUGUCGGCCGCAGUACUAUUACAGCAAUGAUGGGGAAAUGGACAGUUCUGAAUUUGACUCUGAUGGAGAUUGUUCUCUUAUCAAGGCUCCAAGAUGUGAUAAUCUUAGCUCGAAAGAUCAGACAUGCAUCGAAGAAUGUGGUAAAGAGGACCAUGAGUUCUCAAAGGCAUACGGACUCUGUAUGGGCACAGAUCUUCCUCUGAUUGACGAAAAUUGCUGUGAUAAAAUUUCACUUCAAGUACAACCUGACGGUAGAAUUGAAGCCGUAAAUAAUAAAGGCGAAAUAUUGGAACCUGACUUCGACGCUUUUGGUAUUGAAGAUGUCGUCGCAAGCUUAGGGAACGAAUUCAAUGUUGAGUUCACCGUUUUCGACGAUGGUAUUCAAGGUACUCGAUACAUUGCAUCAACGAGAAAACGAAGACAAGCGGACAGUACUGCAUACAUUGAGGAUCCUCUUAUUUGUAUUCCACCAAACACAGCAGUUGUCUUCGAAAAUAAGAUCGACAACACUGACAGAGUCAACAGCGAAUAUCCAGUAUAUGUUCAAGACAGCACACUCAAUUCGAAUCCUGAAUAUGAUUAUGGAGAGUUUAGAAUUUUGCGAUACUAUGUUACAAAAACUUCAUCAUCAAAUGUCGACAAUUUUAUCUACGCAUUUACGGAAGAAGGAACGUAUACUUUCUCUAACUCGCAGAACAGCAACAGCACUCUUUUGAUUGUUGUUUCAAAUGAAAACUGCGACGGUUCUCCAAUCCAGUUCAUUUCAGAAGAGUCCUUACGUAAUGCCGGAGUGGUGUCCACUGAACCUGUUAUGGAGCCGAACUGGCCUCUGAUAAUCGGUUUGACAACUUCAUUUGCCAUUCUCAUCAUCAUCGGAGUCUUGAUCUUCUUGAUUAUCGAUCCUUAUGGUUGGGAAGUGUUCUCGACGAAACGAUUCAAGCCAAAAUUCAAGGAUCUCGCCGAGCCACCCCUGCCAACUAAAAUCGAAAAACUCGAUCCGGACGAUGAUUCUCGUCGAGCUCUUCUUCCAUACAACAGAAACUCGUCUGAGCUCGAAGACUUCAGUGUCAAAAACUUCAUCGACAAACUGAAAGAUCAGCGCUACUACCUCGACGAACAAAUCUCUGCUUCCAAGAACAAGCUCCGAGAAUUCCGAACGCGAGUAAACGAAGAAACGAAGCGUUUAUCUGAUGAAGUUUCGAAAAUGAAUCUGGACUCAAUCCAAAUCAACAAAUCUGGAAUCGCAGAAAAUGGGCAAAACGUCGUGGAAGUUAACCACCAGACAAAUCUGAGAUACUCAGAUGACUUGCAAGUCGAGGAAGAUGCGCUCUUUGUCACUAUGCAAGAAGUGCUCAACAAGCUACACGGAGGCCGACUUUUGAUUUCAGAUGACACACUUGAGGACGCAAAGAGGCUGUAUCGCGAACGAAAACGCAUGCAGAAGGAUUUCAUCGACAUUCCUGAGAAAACGGAUACCACUAAUCUUGGAAAUGCAGUUGAGUUGAACCAAGAGGACAUUCGACCAGCCUUCGACGAAAACUCAAAAAAUCGAGAAGCAGCGUGCACCUACGGAAUGACUGCUGAAGAGGCUGAAGAAUACUGGCAAAAAGCAGCGGAAGAAAACGCACAAGCCGAUCUAAAAUAUCUCGAUGAGCGUGAACGUCAAAAAUGGCGACUUCAGCAGCGUCUUAAACGACGAGUGGAUCCGAGAUACAAAGACGAAGUCCUUAUUCAACAAAUGAUUCAAACUGAAGUAGACGAAAAUAAGCUCGACAAGGAAGAUGCAUCGGAAAAAUUGAACAACGAGAAAUUGCUAAACGACAAGAUGAAAUCGGACAAUAUCGAAUUCGUAAAAGGUGAAGUUUCCGGCCAAGCUGGCGGAGAAACCGUUGUUGCUGCGAUGAUUAACAUCUCAUACGACGAGAUCAAUCAGAAACAAUCGGAUGCAGAGAAAGAUCUGAAGCGCAACUACCGCAAGAGAAAAGAAAAGCAGCGGAAGGAACUCGAAGACAUGCACAAAGCAGAGCUCCAAGAACUUGCAGAAGGAACGAUCGAUCUCUCCGAAGUUUUGGUACGACACGAAAUGGAGAAAGAAGCAAUCGAUCUCAAACUUGAUUCCGAAAUGGAAGAGGAUAUGCUUGCUAUCAUGCAAAGUGCGCAAGAAGAUCGAGAAAUGAUUUUCGAAGAAGAACUCAGAAAACAAGCAAACGGAACUUUACCACCAGCAGUUGCGAUUGAACUGAUGAAGAAAUACAAGGCUCACAUGGAUAAAGCCUCUUCACGGCGCUCCAACGCUCGAGAUCAAUUCGAUUUGAAGCUAAAAGAACGAAGACGAGCAAAACGCGCCGCACGAGAUAGUAAGAUUAUAGGAGAUACUGUCGACAAGUACAACAGCAGACAAUCUCUUAUCAAAGAAAUCGGUCGGCCAUCGUACGGCGAGUUCAUUUCGGACGCUGAACUCGAAGAUCAACUCGCAGAAGCAAAGAAACGAGAUCAAAACUUAGCUUCUUCUGUCCAAGCUCAAGCAAAUAAAGAGUAUCUUGCGGAACUGGCUGCGGCAGAGAAAGAAAUGGAAGAGUUUGAUAAGGAGUAUCAUGAAGAAAUGGACAAUAUUGAAGCUGAAUUCGAGCAACGCAAACUCGAGCUGUUGAAAACUGUGGACCCAGAAGAAGCAGACAGGCUCUUCGCAGAGUUGAGUGCUGAUAUGGCAGUUUCUGAAGAGAAGGCCAGACAGCACCUGCUUCUUCAACGAGCUCGUCUUGUCGCAAAACUGAAAAAGCGACAACAGGAAAAAAUGGCAGAAGCAGCGGACGAAGCUGCCAAAAAGAUCAAAGAACAAGAAGACGCCAACAAAGUCGACCUCAACAACAAGCGAAAGGAAAAUACUCAGCGUGCUGAAAUCAACCUUAUUAAAACUCAAAUGAACCAAAGCGACAAACCAGAGCCGUUGAAAAUUGUCAAAUCUGUCCUUGAUGCUCGUCAUAAAAAAGAACUUGCUGAGUUGGAGGAUAAAUUUGGUCAAGAACGAGAGGAGCUUCUUUUGAACUGUGAUCCAAAUGAGAGAAUUAUGGUUCUCUCUGAUUGGGAAUAUCGAAUGAAUAAAGCAAUCGUCGAGCUUCGCCAGCAACACUAUAACGAACUUAUCGAUUACCUCGACCAAGUUUGUCCAAAAACAGCCGAUUCCGUCCGUGCCAACAACGAAGCAAACGCGCAAAAACUGAAAGAACUCGAGAAAGAUCAAAAAGAACUUGAAAAACAGCUUGCUUCGGAGCGAGCGCAGUGGGAAGCCGAGCAAAAUGCAAAGAUCGAGGAAAAAUUGCGCAAAGCGGAGGAAGAGUUUGAAGCUGAAAUGCGAGCGGAGCUAGAAAAACUUGAAAACGAGAGUAGCGAAUCCGAUGAAUUGAAAAAACUGAACGAGGAAAUGCAAGCAGCACUUGACGCAGCUAAAGCCUCGGGGUCAUCGCCGGAAGAAGUUGAAAAGAUGAUGGAGGAAUGGGAAGAAAAACAGAAUAAACUUCUACUCGCGAAGGGAGCCGCUCAUCUUGGACAAAAGAAAGCCGUUCAAGAUAAGAUCGAGAGACUCAAACAGGAGCGCUUGCAAAAGGAAAAGACGAAAUUGGAGGAGCACAAACAGAUCGAAGAAGCGAAACUCGCGACUGAAGAGAAAUUGAAGCAAGCAGAAAAUCUCGAGAAGAUUGAACAAAUCGUGACAGAUGGUGAAAAAGCAACUGUUGAGGUUGCUGAAAGCCCAGUCGAAACUACUUCCGAUAAUAACAACGAAUUAUCGGAAGAAGACUUUGAUAGCAUUCUGAAAUCAAGCGAUUUGUACAAGGUUGUCAGAAGCUUGAAACAAUCUACAUACUCGUCUCCAACAACGCUCUACACAUUCAAGUCAUCAAACUCUGUCGGUAAUGAUUUGGAAACGAUUCCGACCGCUCUGCUCGGCAAAAACGAACGCGUCGUCUUCAAGUUCUGUCAGUACAUUCUAAGUCUUAUCGUCAACGUUGCUGGAUAUCGCCCAGUUACUCUUCUCGCGGCAUCGAAGAUUCCUUCGAAUCCAGAACUCGAAAAGAACGGUUUCAAAGGAUGGUUCUCCUAUGAUUGCACCAACAGAUUCCUCUUCAUCACAAAAGAAAAGCUCCAAGAGCAAAACCCAGGACACCUGUACGUUCUUAUGGCUCACUGUAUGGCGCACAUUCGAACCGGCGAUUUGACCAACGAUCUAAACCCCCAGUUCCGAAACGAGUUCUACCAGCUCCUUGCGAAGAUAUCGACUCACAUCUUCCAAAUUCAAACUACGCCGGAAAUGAAACUGCCACUUGAAUUCUCUGGAAAGUCAAAAGAAAAUGUUGAGUACACGCCUGCUGAAAUCAAGGCCAUUUUCAAGCGAAAAGAAAAGCUUGAUCUUGAAGCCCUAUCUGAUGAGCUCGGCGAAAUCAACAAGGAGUUGGCCGAUCUACGCAGAAACGAUGCUUCAGAAAAACAAACUCGCGCCCUCGAAAAACGCCAAGCAACUCUUCAGCGACAAAUUGAAGGAAUAUCCGACUCACUUGCUAUUGAAUAUUAA